AUGGCAUCGAUAUACAGGAAGCUAAGCCAGUAUGCGGAUCACGCCGUGAAGGAAAGACCAGAAGAUGUAGUUCAAUGGCCUCAGCAUCUCGGAGAAGAAGCAAAGGGUGCGGUGGAUGUGGAGAUGUUGCGUACUGUGCGGGAUGACUUGCGAAGUGGGGAUGAUACGGAGUCUGGCUUGUGGAAGACUGUUGUAAUUGCAUGGGCGGCAGCGCUUUUGCUUGAGCUUUCGCAGGCGUGUGAUAAGGAGGAGGUGAGUGGUGUACGGGGUGAGAUAUUAGAAGACUGUGUGACAUUAUUGAGACCACCAGCAUUCUUUGGAAAAGAAAACUGGCAGACAGAUGAUAUUGCGACGUCACUAUCUCUACCAUUCCGAGCCCGAUCAAUAGCUCUCUUACACCUCCUCUCAAAGUCAAACCUCAACACCAUACCACUAUAUCCAGCCCACACUGCCAUCGCCCUCGCAACCUACACAUCCACCACUGAUCCCUGGACGUCCCCUUCAGCACACUCCAUAGCCCUCUCAACCCUAUCAUCCCACCCCAACCUCUUUGAAACAAGAGAAGUCCUGAUUGAUGGCAUCCUGCUGGAGUUCAUCAAACCCCUCUUCACCGCCCGAAAAACGCGACGAACCGAGGCUGUUUACGCAGAUUCCCUCUCUGAAGACGACAGAACACCAUGGUUAGUCGACCGUCCCGAGUCACUGACGAUCCUAGAAUGGAUUGUAACACGCCCCAUAUCCUUUAACACUCACUACCACCUCAUCGUCCCACCUAUCCUCGCCCUCCUCGACGUAGCCAACCCUCGGCAUAAACUCCGAGGUGUACGUGUCUUGCAAGAAAUGCUGAAUCGUGUUCCAAGGGAUAUGGUGGAGAAAACUGGGUUGGGCACAGUGUUUUGGGAUGCACUUAUGUUGUGUCUGACAUAUCUGCCCCCAAUGGUGCCCGCAGAUGUGUCGUUACCACUCUUGAGGGAAGCGUUUGGGGGCUUAAGGGAGUUGGCAGAGUUGCGCACGUUCAGUGUUGUGAACACGGAGGAGAAGGAGAGGAAGAGAGCGAAGGUGUUGGACGAGGUUAUGAGAAGUGGUGUGCUGAAAGGGAUGGUCUAUGCAGGUGACCAGGUUGAGGUCGCGGAGGUGUUGAUGACGGAGUUGGGGAUGCUGGUGGAGGCCAUGGGAAUUUGGAGCGUGAAGCAUCUCAAUAACGUCAUUCCGACAAUUCGGGACAUUCUCAUUCAUCCAUUUGCGUCGACACAUCAAAAGAGUCUGCUGGCAACACUUAAAACCUUGCAGACAGUUUUGCAAGUAGGAGAGCCAAGAAUAAUUGGGCAUCAUGUCGACCUUCUCAGGGGCAUAUGUGUGUGUUGGCAGAAUCUGGCUGACAAGAAGGAGGGACUAGAGGAGGUGAAGAGGGAGCUACGAGUCAUCUCAGUGAAAUUGAGAAGAGUGUGUGGAACAGUAAUUGAAGGAGACAUAGCGGCAUUGGUGGAGGCGGAUCCUGUGCUAGAGGGUUUGUUCAGGGCGUGA